UUUUGUUUUGCGACUACGUAGCCAGAACCGCAAUUCGCACUCGUUGCUUCUGCUGGCUAUGUGGACUUAACAAUGCUCGUAAUUUAAUUAGGGACGCAUGGAUUGAACGCAACAAGCUGUUGAAAUAAUGCAAAAAGUUUGUAAAAGCCUGUACAUCAUCGCCACUCUGUGUACUCUACUCAGCCGGGGCACGCUGGUAGUCGGGCAAAAGCACUACACACGUACACGCAAAUUGGAGCUGCGUGAGGAUGUACGCCGCAUGUUUCAGCACGCCUACGAUGGCUAUCUUAAAUACGCUGGCAACUAUGACGAGCUGCGCCCGCUCACCUGCGACGGACACGAUACGUGGGGCAGCUAUUCGCUGACGCUGAUUGACGCACUGGACACACUGGCGACCAUGGGCAAUUAUUCAGAGUUUCGUCGCGUCCAUACGCUACUCAUCGAGAAGAUGAACUUUAAUAGGGACAUCAAUGUGUCGGUGUUCGAGACGAAUAUACGCAUUGUUGGCGGGCUGCUCUCGGCGCAUCUGCUAUCGCGUCGCGCCGGCGUCGAACUGGAGCCCGGCUGGCCAUGCAGCGGCCCGUUGUUGCGUAUGGCCGAGGAUGUGGCCCGGCGACUGUUGCCAGCCUUUGAUACGAACACGGGCAUGCCAUAUGGCACCGUCAAUCUUCGCUACGGCGUGCCCAGCGGAGAGACGUCAAUCACAUGCACGGCAGGUGUGGGCACCUUUCUGAUUGAGUUUGGCACGCUCAGCCGGCUCACUGGGAAGAGCAUAUACGAGGAGGUGGCGCUGCAGGCCAUCUAUGCGCUCUGGGAGCGUCGAUCCCCGAUUGGUCUCUUUGGCAAUCACAUCGAUGUGCAGAGCGGACGCUGGACGGCACUGGACUCGGGUAUUGGCGCCGGCGUCGAUUCCUUGUUUGAGUAUCUGGUCAAGGGCGCCAUAUUACUAAAUCGCCCGGAGCUGUUGGAGCUGUUCGCCGAGGCGCGUGCGCCCAUUGACAAGUAUAUGCGCAAGGAUGACUGGUAUGUCUGGGUGGGGAUGAACAAGGGUCAUGUGACGCUGCCCGUCUUCCAAUCGCUCGAGUCCUUCUGGCCGGGCAUUCUGAGCAUUGUUGGCGACACGGAGCCCGCCAUGCGCACAAUGACACGCUACAUAAGCGUGUGGAAGAAAUAUGGCUUUCUGCCCGAAUUCUUUAACAUUCCAGCCGGCGAAGCGGCGCCCAAUCGUGAGGUCUAUCCACUGCGGCCGGAGCUCAUCGAGUCGGCCAUGUACCUCUAUCGGGCAACCAAAAACCAAUAUCUGCUCGAGCUUGGCGAGCACAUGCUGGAGACCAUUGAGUUCAGUGCCAAAACCAAGUGCGGCUAUGCGACGAUACGCAAUGUGGUGACCCACGAGAAGGAGAAUCGCAUGGAGUCAUUCUUUCUGGCCGAGACAACCAAAUAUCUCUAUCUGCUGUUCGAUGAGGACAAUUUUCUGCACAACGAUGGCGAAGACCGACAUGGCGAGCUGCUGGACACCGAGGAGAACGUGUGCGUGGUGCAGGCUGGCGCCUAUAUCUUCAACACCGAGGCACAUCCCAUGGACAUGUCGGCGCUACACUGUUGUCACAAUUACAAAGAGGACAUCUUCACGAUGCUUGAUCUGCCCAGCUUUACGUCCAGGUCGCUCUUCGAGCGCAGCAGCAAACAGCGUGUGGCCAAGCAGGCGAAAUGGAAGCCGCAGUGUCAGCCGAGCAAAGGCGACGCCACCUUUGAGUCGUCACCGAGCAGCGAGCCGGGCAGCUCACAAAAUAGCCAUGACCGGCCCAGCACAACCAUGGCCGUGGACAUUGAGGUGUUCGAUGAGUUCCAGCAGCCGGCGGCGGAUGUCCUGGUGAGCAAUUUCGAGCGCAUACGCGAGGAGCGCGAAUACAAUCGAACGGAACAGACCAGCGUGGUGGCACGCAAUCAGCUGACCGUCAGCGAUCUGGAUGGGUUCUUUGGCCAGCGUCGCGAGCAUUUCGCCAAUGCCGAAGACACGCUCAGCUAUGUGCUCAACUUUAUGGGCAACUACACCAUGGACGUGGCCUUCAUCCGUGGCCUACAGCUCUUCGAUGGCAACAUUAGCAGCGUGCUGGGCGUUGUCGCCCAAAAGGAGUACGAGAGUCGGAUGCGCUCGUUGUGGCAGCUUUUCGAGCUGGAGCAACAGUAUGCGGUCAACAUACGACUAAUCCGGCGCUUGGGUCUGCUCAACAUACAGCCCGACAGCGAUAUGAUGCGCAACUAUUUGGCCAAUAUACUGGACGCACUCGAUCAUUUCGAGCAGCUGCCGCUGCAGUUCUCCUUCAACGGGACGCUCGGUCGCAACGAUAGCGACGUGGAGCUGAUACGCAAUGCCAUACACGCGGCGCGGCUGGACUACGAGCUGGCCAUGAUGAACACAACGGCCAUGCAGGAGUUUGUCCAUCGUGUCUAUCUAAUGGGCACCAAUGAGGCGCAAAUGCUGCACUUUCAGCCGCUGCUCAAUGCCGACGAACUGGGCACCCUGCACGUUGUCGAGCUGCAGCCGGCCGAGCAGCGGGAACUCUUCAAAUAUACGCGACGGAUCGUGGACUUUCGCAAACGCAUGUCCGAGACGGUCGAUCGGCUGCAGACGAUCAUGCAGGAUCUGAAUGCGCCCAAGACGGAAACGACGACAUCGGUCCCGGCGCCGAUGCAGCCGCUCGCAAUUAGCGCUCCGCCCGCCGCAACAACAGACGGACAACAGAAACAGCAGGAGCCGCCGGCGACGCCGACGCAGCAGCAGCAGCAGCCGGAUGAGGGUUCCGUUUGGUCACAGCUGGUGCAAAAUAUUUUGCGCAAAACAACCGUGCAACGGAUCAAAUUCGAUGAGGACGUGCUGCUGGAGAAGACGCGCCAAUCUCUCGAAAAACAUGCCCACAAGCAAUUGUCCUAUGAGCUGUUCAGCUGUCGCCGCCCGGAAUACAUUGAGGCGUUCGCCUAUCGCGAAUACUAUCCGGAGGCGAUCUGAGCUCCCCGCCCGCACGACUGAUCUGUAGAUAUUUAGAUAUAUACACAUAUACAUACAUAUAUAUAUAUAUAUAGAUACAUAUAUAUAUAUAAGGUUAGGCAGUUGUUGUUUGGUUGCCAACAAAUCAAUUUGUUUAUGCGA